AUGUCGCGCCGCCAGCCUGGUGAGCUCACGGCCGAUGACAUGUUCGAAGUCCUGUCACAGACACCCGAAGUCCUUCCAGCCAGGGCCCGAGGUAUCCAAACGGAGGACUCGCACCAGUGGUUCUCCGGAGGCUACAGCCAUGGUCCAAUGGUCGGUGUCCGAAACUCAACUCUGCGCUGCCCUUGGACCACCGCCUUGGCAUGCCGGUAUGUACGCGAGCAAGCUCCGUGGCACAGGUUUGGAGCGAUAGCAUUCACGGUGAACCUUUUGGCUGAGCCACAUGUGGAUGCUCAUAACGACCCUAGCUCUAACAACCUUGUGCUGCCUAUUACGUCGUUCAAACGAGGUGGCCUGUGGCUUGCUGACAAAGCAGGCAGCUCGCCGAGGACCAUAGACGGCACACGAGUGAUGGGCACGGUGCUUUCCUUUGACGGCGGGGGAAUUUGCUUCAACCCACGUGUGCCUCAUGCGACUGAGCGCUGGGAAGGAGAUCGUGCUGUACUAGUUGCAUUCCUCCCGGGAGGUUUGGACGAGCUCGAGCAAUGUGACCGGGCGAUCAUGGACGAGCUCGGCUUCGUCACAUCUGCUUGUGCCACUACCAAUGCAGCCUCACAGCCCGUGAAGUUUACAGCUGAGUUUGGUGUCAGGUGGUCGCCCGAGGAGUUCGUCGAGCAGGCGUGCAAUGUUGAACACCCCAGCAGCCUUUCGAACCUGCUCCCAGCAGACCUUGAAACCGCUGUUCGUAAAAACUUUGAGUUGGGCGAGCACGCAUUGGGGCAGCAUCGGACCGAGCUGAUCAGAAAGACCCUUCUUGAGGAUGCCGAGCACGCUGACCAAGGCCUCUUCAACGACUUAGUGCAAGGGUUCGACCUAGUUGGUAAGUUGCCUGAAAGUGGAUUCUUCAAGAAGAAAUUCAGACCAGCCAGCAUGCUCGAAGCAGACUUGCGACAAGGUGCUGAUCGUGCAAGGGAAGCCACUCUGGCGACUCUUGGGCCAGCGGAUGAUCCUGUCAUCGACGAAGGUGUGCUGCAAGCGACCCUUAAGGAAGUAGACGCCGGUGUAGUCGAGGGACCCAUAGACCCCAGCACGCUUCCUGAGGGAGCCACGCUUACCCGCCGUUUUGGUGUGGUUCAGGGAGAGGUUGAUGGCGCGCCCAAGGUGCGGCCAAUCGAUAAUUAUAGGGCCUCUAGAGUUAAUGCUGCCGUGACGCAAUCGGAGCAAGUCACGGUCCACACUCUUGACGUGGUGGCGGGCAUGAUUUCGUCUUGGCUAGCCCGCGCCAAGGCCCAUCGUGUCCGGUCUGCGAUGAAUGCCAAAACGUGGGACCUUAAGGCUGCGUAUAAACAACUGCCUCUCAGUGACACCGCAUUUGCUCGAGAUGCCUACUUCGUGAUCUACGACCCAAGGAGCCAGAAGCCCGCUGUGUUCAAGCAGCGGGCUCUCCCUUUCGGAUCGCGAGCUUCAGUUACGGCGUUCAUCAGAUGCGCAGUGGCCGUCUGGACGGUAGCAGUCAAGUUGCUGUUCCUAGUUUGGUCCGUCUAUUUCGACGACUACCUUAGCAUCGCCCGCAGCAGCGAAGCAAAGCACGUCGAGCUGGUAAUCAGUGUGUAUUUUAGGCUCCUUGGGUGGAAGGUUUCCACCGAUAAGCUUCUCCCCUAUUCCACUUGCUGUAAGGUGUUAGGGAUUGAGCUUGAUGUGGGAAACGCCAUUCGGGGUUACGCCUUGUUGAAGAAUACCCUGAAACGCCGAAACGAAAUCAUUGCUUCUCUUGAAGAGGUUCUCGAUCGGGGCAGCAUUGACGCGACGACGCUUGAAAAGAUUCGAGGGCGAGCCCAGUUCGCAAGUGGCCAGUUGUUCGGCAGACUGGCGCGGCAGGCGCUUCACUGUUUGUCGGACAAGCCUUCGAAGAGCUUCUGUGUGUCCGAGCGCUUCAGGUGGGGUGCCACUCACCUUGUAGAGCUUUUGCAGAGUGGUUGCUCCAGAGUCGUUUCUAGGGACUUAGGUGAUAACCGCCUUGUUUUUGUAGACGCUUCCUUCGAGCCGUCCGGGCACAGUGGGCUUGGAGGCGUCUGCUACGAUGCCGACGGGAGAAUCUUAAGUUGGUUUGGGGCGACCGUCCCUAGUGACUUGAUUAAGGUUCUGCUGAGUUGCUUCGGGCGCGACAGAGAGACAGUGAUCUUUGAGCUAGAAGCUCUUGCAGUGGUAGUGGCACUUGAGCUUUUUAAAUGUCACCUGUCUCAGAGGAACGUUGUAGUGUACACGGACAACUCAGGUGUGCACGGCGCGUUCGUGAAGUGCUGGUCAGAAAACCCAGUAGGCAGUGCGAUGGCUUUCCUGGCAGCCAAGCGUGAGUUUGACUUACAGGCCUUCUUUUACUACGACCGUGUGCCGUCGCACAGCAACCCAGCUGAUGCGCCUUCUCGAGGUGUGUACUCAAUGGGCCAGGAUCUCCGUGCCGAAUGUUCGGCAGACGUUCUGACGGAGACCCUUAAGUGCGCCCUCAGUACAUAG